AUGACAUCAAUAGACGUCCUGGCCAAUGGCCACAGCCACUUUGACAGCUACGCCGACAACGUGCUGCGGGCGAGAAUCCACAAGCCGCUGCAUGCCCAAGUGUCGCGCGCAUCUUCGACGGACGGCGACAAUCAUCAUCUGUUGGGGCUGCCCGCGGGCGACAAUGGCGGCGCGGGCAGCGCCACGACGAGUGGCCGCUCAACCCCCGUCUCAGACAACGCUCCCCCUUCGACCAAAUCCCUCUCCUCCGCGCGCAAGCUCGUCCGCGCCGAGCAGCGCCGCCGCAUCUUCCCAACCAUCGAGUUCGCCUCGCGCGUCUCCCACUUCGACCCCUCCAGCGACUACCGCGACUUCCACGGCUUCUUCAACCUCUUCUGGAUCGGCCUGGCCAUCAUGGGCAUCACCACCAUGCUGCGCAACUGGAAGGACACGGGAUACCCGCUGCGCGUCCAGAUCUGGGGCCUCUUCGCCGACAGGCUGUGGCACCUGGCCAUUGCCGACUUCCUCAUGGUCGCCACCACCGCCGUCAGCCUGCCGCUGCACCGCUGGGCGCGCCGGAACCCCGUGGGAGGCGUCUGGGGCUGGAGCAGGGGAGGCAUGGCGAUCCAGAGCAUCUACCAGGUCGUGUGGCUGGCGUUUUGGGUCGUUGUGCCGUUCUGGCUGGACUGGGCGUGGACCGCGCAGGUCUGCCUCCUGCUGCACACCAUGGUGCUGCUCAUGAAGAUGCACUCGUACGCCUUUUACAACGGCCACCUGUCGGAGACGGAGAAGCGGCUGCGCAGCCUGGACGAGCCAAAUCCCUCGAGGGCAGACCGCAGGCCGGCCUACCUCUACCCCAGCGCCGACCACCGCAAGGGCAGCGUGUCCGGAAUCCCCAUGCCUCGCCCCGCCGGGGAGGACAAGGACGCCUCCAAGCCCAAGAAGAAGCAGCAUCACCGCCAGCAGGAGAGCCUCGACAAGGGCGUCGACGGCACCAACGGCCACGCCGCUGCCGCUGCCGCUGCCGAAACCGAAACAGAGCCCGAGCCCGAGCCCACCAGCGCCGACGAAAUCGACACCCUGCGUGAAGACCUCGCCCGCGAGCUUACCAGCCCCAUGGGCAACGUCACGUACCCGCGCAACCUCACCUGGCCCAACUACCUCGACUACCUCUGCUGCCCGACGCUGUGCUACGAGAUUGAGUACCCGCGCACCCCGGCCGUCAACUGGACCGCCCUCGUCUCCAAGAUCGUCGCCACCUUUGGCUGCAUCUUCCUCCUCACCGUCAUCUCCGAGGAGUACAUCUUCCCCGUCCUCGUCGACGCCUCCCGCCGCCUCGAGCUCGUCGCCUCCGCCCACCUCCUUGACCCGUCUUCCUCCGCGGCCCUCGAGUCGGGCCUCAUCCUCGCCGAGACAAUCUCCUGGCUGCUCUUCCCCUUCAUGCUCACCUUCCUGCUCGUCUUCCUCGUCAUCUUCGAGUACGUCCUCGGCGCCUUUGCCGAAAUCACUCGCUUCGCCGACCGCCACUUUUACGCCGACUGGUGGAACUCGACCGACUGGAUGGAGUUUUCGCGCGAGUGGAACGUCCCCGUCUACUCCUUCUUGCGCCGCCACGUCUACAGCGCCUCGCGCCCGCACACCGGCAAGGCGUUUGCCACCUUCAUCACCUUCCUCAUCUCCGCCGUCGGCCACGAGAUUGUCAUGGCGUGCAUCACCAAGAAGAUUCGCGGCUACGGCUUCGUCUGCCAGAUGCUGCAGCUGCCUAUUGUCAUGCUGCAGCGGACGCGCUGGGUCAGGGGCCGCAAGACGCUCAACAACGUCUGCUUCUGGUGCUCCAUGAUCCUAGGUCUCAGCCUGAUCUGCGCACUCUACGUCCUCCUCUAA